AUGAAAAUUAAUGUCCACAACGGCAAGCCUUUUUCUUCAGGCUAUUUUUCGCUUCUAGAGAAAAGGAGAGAGCUUCCCGUUUACAAAAGCAAGGAAAAUUUUUUGGAUCAAAUUUCAAAAUGCAGCACAUUGGUACUUGAGGGCGACACGGGUUCCGGAAAAACCACGCAAAUUCCCCAAUUUCUGGUGGAGCUUCUCAGCCCAAAAGCGUCCGGGAAGCUGAUCGGGUGCACGCAGCCAAGAAGAGUUGCAGCCAUGUCUGUUGCAAGGAGAGUUGCGCAGGAAAUGGAUGUCGAGCUUGGAGCUCAAGUGGGAUAUACCAUCCGGUUUGAAGACAUCACAUCUUCUGCAACGAUUCUCAAAUAUCUUACCGAUGGAAUGCUGCUGAGAGAGGCUAUGUUUGACCCGCUUUUGUCCCGCUAUGCAGCAAUUGUUAUCGACGAAGCUCACGAGCGAACGCUUGCCACCGACAUUCUCAUGGGCCUUCUGAAGGAGAUUCUGUGCAAACGGAACGAUCUCAAAGUAGUGGUGAUGUCAGCCACCAUUGAGGCUUCCAAAUUUCAAAACUAUUUCCAAAACGCACCUUUGAUCAGCGUUCCGGGGCGCACGUUUCCAGUGGAAGUGUUCUACACUCCAAACCCCGAGAAAGAUUAUCUUGAAGCAGCAAUCAGGACCGUGCUGCAAAUACACAUUACCGAACCGGCACCUGGUGAUAUCUUGCUGUUUUUGACGGGCGAAGAGGAAAUUGAAGAUGCGUGCAGGCAAAUUUCUCUGGAGGCCUCACGCCUGAACAGCGACAAUUCGAAGCCUUUGACCGCGAUUCCCCUAUAUGCGUCUCUUCCCCCCUCGGCACAGCAAAAAAUCUUUGAAGAUGCACCCCGCUUCAAAGGCGUGGUUGGGAGAAAAAUCAUCGUGUCAACAAACAUUGCGGAAACGUCGCUUACGAUCGAUGGAAUUGUUUAUGUGGUUGAUCCUGGAUUUUCAAAGCAAAAAAUAUACAACCCACGGCUGCGAGUCGAAUCGUUAUUGGUUUCUCCUAUUUCAAAGGCAUCUGCACAGCAGCGAGCCGGUCGUGCCGGACGAACCCGGCCUGGAAAAUGCUUCCGUCUGUAUACGGAGGCGGCAUACAAAAAAGACCUACAAGAAACCACAUAUCCCGAAAUUCUGCGCUCAAAUCUGGCCGCCGUGGUGUUGCAAAUGAAGCGGCUUGGAAUCGAUGAUUUGGUCCAUUUUGAUUUUAUGGACCCGCCGGCUCCAGAAACGCUUAUGCGAGCGCUAGAAUCUCUCCAUUACCUUGGGGCUCUUGACGACGAAGGCGAGCUUACAGAGAUUGGCAAAAAAAUGUCCGAAUUUCCGGUUGACCCGCCAAUGGCAAAAAUGCUACUCACCGCUUGCGAUUUGGGCUGCUCAAACGAGAUUCUAUCGAUCGUUUCGAUGCUUUCAGUGCCAUCUGUUUUCAUGCGGCCGGCAGAUUCGAGAAAGGCGGCAGACGAUGCAAAGGCGCUGUUUGCACAUCCAGACGGAGACCACUUGACGCUGCUCAACGUAUAUCAUGCAUAUAAGCGAGACGGAGACACUCCAAAUUGGAUUUAUAAUCAUUUCCUUUCCGCACGAUCUCUGCGCUCCGCAGACAAUGUGCGUGAGCAGCUCUCACGCGUGAUGGAAAGGCUGCAAUUGCCGCUAAAGUCUCCCGUGUUUGGAACGAGACUGUAUUACGAUCUGAUUAGAAAGGCACUCGUCUCUGGCUUCUUCAUGCAGUGUGCUCAUGUGGAGCCGUCUGGAAAUCAUUACUUGACCGUCAAAGAUAACCAGCUUGUUAAAAUCCACCCGUCAAGCGUCCUAGAUUCCAGGCCCCAAUGGGUAAUAUAUGGGGAGUUUACGCUCACCACGCAACACUAUAUUAGGACGGUCACCGAAGUCAAAGGCGAAUGGCUUUUGGAGAUGGCCCCCACUUACUUCGAGGGGCUUCCAGCAUCUUCUGCGAAGCGAUCCAUUGAAGAGGUCAAGCAGCGAAUUGCCCGCCAGCAGGAGCUGAAUGUGCGUCGGAAGCGAAAGGGCACUUGA